CCACAGUGGGCGUGGUUACUAGGAGACGGAGUUGAGUUGAAGGAUGAGAGAGGAGAGCGAAGUAGUACCUGAAAUCUUAGCUUAAAGUUAGACAGGACGCACACUCAGACUGAAUCAUGCAUCGCGUCAGCUGUAAUACUCACUGGGAGCGGUGUGGAAAUUGUGCAAGAUACGGAUAAGACACGUUUCUUUUUGUUUGCCUUGAAAUGUUGCGCUGUUGCGUGAUAAGUUUCCCGGAUUCCCGUUAACGGUACAAUGCGCUCGCAGGAGCUCGGCGUCAGGACUAAGCCCGUUUCUGCUGAAGUGUGAUACAUAACGCGUAAAAAGGCAACAAUUUCACUUGAAAUAGUUACCAGAAAGUCAAAAACUAGUAAGAAAGACUUGGAAAUGGGGAACGCGGGGAGUUUGGAGCAACACACCGACCCUAGAGGACACAACAUGCCGUUAAAACUGCCCAUGCCGGACCCGGGGGAGCUAGAAGAACGGUUUGCGCUUGUUUUAAAUUCUAUGAAUUUGCCUCCAGACAAAGCCCGGUUACUGCGUCAGUAUGACAACGAGAAGAAGUGGGAGCUCAUCUGCGAUCAGGAAAGAUUUCAAGUGAAAAACCCUCCUCACACAUACAUCCAGAAAUUGAAGAGUUAUCUGGACCCAGCAGUCACCAGGAAGCUCAGCUUUUUGUCUGUAGAUGAACACCAGUCUUCCCCUCCCCUGUCUGCUCUGCUGCGUUGGGCGAAAUUCCGGCGGAGAGUUCAAGAAUCAACUCAGGUGCUGAGAGAACUAGAAAUUUCAUUAAGGACUAAUCACAUCGGCUGGGUGCGUGAGUUUCUAAACGAGGAGAAUAAGGGUCUGGACGUGUUGGUGGAGUAUCUCUCUUUUGCACAGUAUGCUGUCACAUUUGAUGGUGACAGUUUUGAGAACGGCACAGACAACGCGAUGGACAAGUCGAAAUCCUGGAGUCGCUCUAUCGAAGAUCUCCACACAGGGAGCAAUCUACCGUCUCCGAUUCCAGGAAGCAUCAGCAGAGCUGGGAGACACUCUACGUUAAGAUGUAAUACAUUGCCCAGCAGAAGAACGUUGAAGAAUUCUAGACUGCUGUGUAAGAAAGACGACGUUCACGUCUGCAUCAUGUGCCUACGAGCCAUCAUGAACUAUCAGUAUGGCUUCAACAUGGUUAUGUCCCACCCUCAUGCUGUGAAUGAAAUUGCACUAAGUCUGAACAACAAGAACCCCAGGACAAAAGCGCUAGUACUGGAGCUACUGGCUGCAGUGUGUCUGGUCCGAGGGGGGCAUGAGAUCAUUCUCGCUGCUUUUGAUAACUUUAAAGAGGUUUGUUCAGAAAAUCAACGCUUUGAGAAGCUGAUGGAGCAUUUCAAGAAUGAGGACAAUAACAUUGACUUCAUGGUGGCAUGUAUGCAGUUCAUAAACAUCGUGGUCCACUCAGUAGAAGAUAUGAAUUUCAGAGUGCACCUACAGUAUGACUUCACUAAACUAUGUUUGGAUGAGUACCUGGAUAAGCUGAAGCACACUGAGAGUGAUAAAUUGCAGGUACAAAUCCAGGCCUAUCUGGAUAACGUGUUUGAUGUUGGAGCUCUUUUGGAGGAUGCUGAGACGAAGAAUGCAGCACUGGAACGAGUGGAGGAACUGGAGGAGAGCAUGUCUCACAUGACCGAGAAGUUACAGGACACAGAAAAUGAAGCCAUGGCAAAGAUUGUAGAACUGGAGAAGCAGCUAAUGCAUAAAAACAAGGAACUGGACUCUAUACGGGAUGGCUACAAGGAUGUUAGCUCACAGGUGCACACACUUAGGAGGAUGGUGAAGGAGAAGGAUGAGGCCAUUCAGAGGCAAUGCACUCUGGAGAAGAAGAUUCAUGAACUGGAAAAGCAAGGAACCAUCAAAAUCCAGAAGAAAGGAGACGGGGAUAUCGCCAUCCUGACUUCUGCUACAUCCAUGAAUGGUCUGCUGGCAGGCACAGAGGGUGUGACAGGGGUACCCAAGGGUGCCUUGGUGGGGCUUGUGGGACCAAGUAACGGCAUAGAACCGGGCAUGCCAAUGCCACCACCUCCCCCUCCACCCCCACCGAUGCCAGCGAUACUACUCAACGGUCCAUCAGCUGUCCCUGAGCCACCCCCUCCUCCUCCACCACCACCACCACCUCCCCCUCUUCCAGGCGCUGGCUACACUGUAGAGGAAUCUUCCCCCAUGCCCCCACCUCCACCGCCCAUGGCACCCCCUCUACCAGGCUGUGGAUCCCCCACUGUAAUCUUCAAUUCAGGUCUCGCAGCUGUGAAGAUUAAGAAGCCGAUCAAAACGAAAUUCCGAAUGCCAGUGUUUAACUGGGUGGCACUGAAGCCCAACCAAAUCAAUGGCACAGUCUUCAAUGAGAUUGAUGAUGAGAAGAUACUGGAGGAUCUGAAUGUAGAUGAGUUUGAGGAGAUAUUUAAGACAAGAGCACAGGGCCCUGCAAUUGAUGUCACAUCUACCAAGCAGAAGACCAUCCAGAAGGUCCCUAAUAAAAUCUCACUACUGGACUCUAACAGGGCUAAAAACCUGGCCAUCACACUCCGAAAAGUGGGCAAGACUCCGGAGGAAAUCUGCAAAGCAAUUCAGAUGUUUGACCUGCGGAUGUUACCGGUGGACUUUGUGGAGUGUCUGCUGCGUUUUAUCCCCACAGAGUCCGAGGUGAAAAUGUUACGGCAGUACGAGAAAGAGAGAAAGCCACUGGAAAACAUCACGGAUGAGGACCGCUUCAUGAUGCAGUUCAGCAAGAUCGAGCGCCUCAUGCAGAAGAUGACUAUCAUGGCAUUUGUGGGGAACUUUAACGAGAGCGUGCAAAUGCUCACUCCACAACUGCAUGCCAUUAUUGCAGCAUCUGUGUCCAUCAAGUCCUCACAGAAACUGAAGAAAAUCCUGGAGAUUAUAUUGGCUCUUGGGAACUACAUGAACAGCAGUAAAAGAGGGGCCGUGUAUGGCUUCAAACUCCAAAGUUUAGACUUGUUAAUAGACACCAAAUCGACAGACAGGAAGACAACACUAUUGCACUACAUUGCAAAUGUAGUGAAGGAGAAGUACCAGCAGGUGGCGCUGUUCUAUAACGAGCUCCAUUAUGUGGAAAAGGCAGCAGCAGUUUCUUUAGAGAAUGUGCUACUGGAUGUGAAGGAACUCCAGAGAGGAAUGGAUCUAACUAGGAGAGAGUAUAGCAUGCAUGGCCACAACACGCUGCUCAAAGACUUUAUACAUCUAAAUGAGAGCAAGCUCAAGAAGUUACAGGAUGAUGCUAAGAUUGCACAGGACGCUUUUGAUGAGGCGGUAAAGUUUUUUGGGGAGAGCUCCAAAACCCUGCCUCCAUCAGUGUUCUUCCCGGUGUUUGUGCGCUUUGUGAAGGCAUACAGGCAAGCAGAGGAGGAAAAUGAGCAGAGGAAGAGACAGGAGCAGAUGUUGAUGGAAAAGCUGCUCGAGCAGGAGGCCAUGGAGCAGGAAGAUCAAAAGUCUCCCUCUCAUAAGAAUAAACGACAGCAGCAGGAGCUGAUAGCUGAGUUGAGGAAGAAGCAAGUGAAGGACAGUCGUCAUGUUUACGAGGGAAAAGAUGGAACCAUUGAGGACAUUAUCACUGAUCUAAGAAACCAGCCUUACAGGCGCGCUGACGCAGUGAGGAGGAGUGUGCGGAGACGUUUUGAUGAUCAGAGCUUACGGCCAAUCAACAAUGCAGAGCUGGUGAUGUAACGAAGGCAGAGUGGAUGUGAUUGGUUGAGAUUAAGAUGGGACUGAAGGAGAGGUUGUCAGCCUCUCUGUGUGUGGAAAGGAAUGAUGAAGGAUUGAAAGAGAGGACAUUCAUCUCAAGGGCCAAAAGCUCAAGCUUCUUUCGACCAAGUGCCUGAAUUUUACAUUUGUGUGAUAUUGUCUUUAUACUUUUUUUUAUUAUAUAUUGUUUUAUUUCAAGCAAUAGGAAUUUUUGCUCAUUUAACAAAAGUGGAUCUGAACAUCAUAUUGAUCGAGAUGGAAGUUCACUCAGAUGGAAAUCCGUAGUGAACUCGUACAUUCCAGUGGGAAAUACCAUGUUGCUUUUACUGCACAAUGUUGUUCAAAAUCACUAAAUGUGUACAAGGGCUAGGUGUGUUCUUAAAGAUUCCAGGCAUGUUGAGCUUAGUGUAACUCAAAAAGAUUGGAAAGGCUAUGUAGCAUUGUGAAUGACAACAUGGCAGGAUUCGUCAAAAACUGAUAGAGGGAUUAGAGAGAAGUGUUAACAGAAAGGUGAAAGGUUGUGUAAUGUAGAUGGUUCCGAGUUAAUGUGAAAUGUAUAUAACGUAAACAUCGUCACUUAGCAGUGUUAGCAGACCAAAAUUCACUCAGCUUACUAUUACAUGAAAUCAGUCAACUAUUUUAGCGUCAUGCCAUGAAAUGGUCCGUCUUCAAACCGUAUCAUAGUGAAGUGACAGAUAAUGUUGUGCCCAGGUGACCCCCAGCUUUUACUGACUGAGUGACUGACCUUCAGUGGGAAGAUUCAAACUCUGUAGCAGACUGACUGGAUCCAAUAAUCAGGACUGUUUUAGUACAAAUACAGUACAAGCCAAAGAAAUACAAAAGAGCACCGCCUCAGAUACCCGAUUCACCUUUUAUGAACAUUCUUUACAAAGUAUGCUGUGUCUUCAGUAACACAUUACACAGUAGAUUAUUCAACCACUGAAGCCAGUCUGUUCCAUGUGGCUUAUGCAGACCACUACCAUUUUUCAGACCACUACCAUUUUCCAGGUCCAAUAAGAAAAAAAAACCAACAAAAAAAAAACAAACGAGAAAUGCUUUUAAUUGUACAGAUAUUUUGCAACAAAAAUGGUUGCAUUUUAAAAAAAAAACUUUACAUAACCUUCAUUAUCAUAAGGUUAAUAUUGUACAUAUUGAUUUCUUCAUCCUCUUACUCCAUUUGAAUUUUACUUUAACUUAUAGGUUUGUUUUUUAUUUUGUAUAUUUAAUUACAGAAACAUGAAUUUGAUGUAUCUUUAAGUAUAUUACAGACAUCUCAGAUUUUACGCUUGCCUGGCAGUAUUAAGGCAAUAGAAUGAAUAACUGGCACAAUCUGACGCCAUGUAACCCAUCACUAAGUAAUACUGACAUGUCUCUCUGUACACUGCCAGCCUUCGUCCUUAACGCGUUCUGUUCCUUCUAUAAACCUGGAUCAAACUGGCAUGACUUCUUGUCCUCUAAUAAAAAAUGUAUCUUUU